GGGGGGGCGGUGAAUUGUCCGUGAUAUAUCCGGGCCCUACAUCUGAACGAACCAUGGUCCUUGCCAGCAUUCCAACGUACGGAGCUUCCCUCCGCGCCCUCGACAACCGCUUGAUUACGUGUAGUGGCUUGUUCAGAUGGCAUGGCGCUCCCAGAUGCCGGGCAUGCGCGGUGGCUGCUGCCCCUGGGCAUAUUUCUCAAUACUUAAUCGGGGUCACCAACAUUAGGGUACCGGUGUCGGAAUUUUGACAAGAUGGAUCCCUGGAAUUCUGCUACAUGUCCAGCAUCUGAGUCAGGUGGUGCUGCCAAAACCAUGGAAGGUCCAGAUUCAUGCACGAAUGGUUUUGAGGACAGCUUUGUGAACAAAGAUGGAUGGAAAACUGUUGUGGAUGUGCCACACAUGGGGAAAAUUCCUGCUGAGAAGCUUCCAGACUCAGAUAAAUAUUUGAGUAAGCUUUACGGAAAGCUGUCUUGUCUCCACCAAGCCACGUCCGCCAAGCACCUGUUAAACUCUAUCCAGGACGCACGCGACGACCACCUCGUGCGCCUGUUGAAUUCUUCGAGCACGUGCGACCAGGGCACUGACGCUGACGACCACCCAGUGACGGCUAGCUACUUGCAGCGCCGUCUGCUGCCGCAGACCGUUCCGCUCAGUAGCGAAGAGCUACUUCAGCUACUGCACGCCGACCAGCUGCAGCGCGCACACGAGGAGGCUCGUCAGGAGGACGAGGAGCGAGCGCCGACGGACGACAGCGCCGAGCCAGCGUCUGAGAGGUAGUCGGGGAGCCCGCCAGCCAUGGUGGAUCUGAACCGGCCGACGCUGUGCUUGGUGACUGGCGCCAGCCGCGGGCUGGGCCGCGAGCUGGCCGUCCAGCUCAGCUGCCGACUCGGCCCCGGCUCGGUGGUGGUGCUGACGGCGCGCAACCACAGCGACUUGGUGCGUACCAGCGAGCUGAUCGCGCUGGCAGCACCGCGCGAGCUGCGCGUCGUGCCGCUCGCCUGCGACCUGGCGGCCGCCGAUGGCCUCGAUCUGGAGCGCAUCGUCGGCAGCGGUUUGGACACCGACGCGCCGCUCGAGGCCGCCAUCAUCGUGCACAACUCCGGCAGCGUUGGCGACGCCUCGCGCACGGCGCUGCUUCACGACAACGUCGGCUACAUCGACACCUUCUUCAAGCUUAACCUGUCGGCGGCAGUGGCGCUCAACGCCAUCUUCGUGCGCCGGGCGCAGGCGCGCGUGAAGCACGUGACCGUGAUCAACAUCUCGUCACUGUGCGCUCUGCAGCCGUUCAAGUCGAUGAGCCUCUACUGUGCGGGCAAGGCGGCGCGCGACAUGUUCUUCCGCGUGCUGGCGGCCGAGCACCCGGAGCUGCGCGUGCUCUCGUACGCGCCGGGCCCGCUGGUAACGGACAUGUCGCGCGAAAUCGCUCGCUCCUCGGCCGACCCCGACGUCAAGCAGGCGUUCAGCGACGGCCUGGCUGGCAGCUUCCUCACCUGCCAGACCACGGUCGACCGAUUCAUCGGCCUACUCGAGAGCGACAAGUUCGAGUCGGGCGCGCACGUCGACUUCUACGAUGAGGUUUGAGCAGUGGGAAUUCGGAGCGUGGAGAGGGCCGAGUGGAGGCGCGUCCGCUGGAGUAAGCGGAUGGUGUCGCACUUCGGCCUUUGUUGGGCGUUCCUGCAGAGGUGGCGCUGGUGGCAGUUGGGGCAUCGCUUACGUGCUUCAUGAUAUACGCUGUAGGGCAGGGUGUAGUGUGCGCUAAAGGAAAGUGUCAUUCGUUUCUUAAGUUCCGUUAGUGGGAGAAGGGAGUUGUAUGCAAGCUGUGUUGUAAAACUCGGCAAGAUAUUAUGGCACACCACAUUUUUCAGGGCAUCUGUUCAGGGCCAUUCAAUGCCAGUGUCCAGAUUCUCGCUCCUCAUGAUUGCACUUUUCUGUCCUUUUCUGAUCUAAUGGAACUGCACUGCAUGAAUCGCCUGAAAUUAUGACUCAUGUACUUGUUUGUGAUAGGUUUCUGCCAUGUUGUGGCAGGCGAUUCGUGUCGUAUUUAUGCAGAUUAUUUCGAACUGUUUUGUACGUGCGCCUCUUUUGUCUGGAACAUUGUGAAGUACCUGAUUUAUUCCAGAAAGGCUGACGUUGCUCUGGAAUAGUUUUCAAGGAGAUGAGGACUGUGUUUCUACUCGUGGCGUGGGUUUUGCCCUUCGGUGCUUUGAAGUGUAUCGUCAAUACAGAACUGGCAUUCCACCUCCUCUCGCCGAAAUAAAAAAAACCCGUUGGA